AACUUGAGUUCCCCGGAAGUGUUUGUCGGCACGAGAAGGAAGUGCAGUUUGGAAACCCGUGCCGACAUUGACUUUUCAGCAACCUUUACAUCAUGUUGCGGGGCAGGCGGUUGUUGAGUUCAGCGUUGCCGAGGCAACAGCUGUUCUUCAAUACCUGCAGAUGGUGUUCAUCAGGAAUUCUUCCUAAUGAAAGGAUCCGCAACAUAGGGAUUUCCGCACACAUUGAUUCUGGAAAGACUACGUUAACGGAGCGCAUUCUUUUUUACACUGGAAGAAUCUCACAAAUGCAUGAGGUGAAAGGGAAAGAUGGAGUUGGUGCAGUCAUGGAUUCAAUGGAGUUGGAACGACAGCGUGGUAUCACAAUUAAAUCUGCAGCAACAUACACAAUGUGGAAGGAUACAAACAUCAACAUAAUUGACACCCCAGGACACGUUGAUUUCACUAUAGAAGUGGAAAGGUCACUGCGAGUUCUUGAUGGAGCCAUCCUGGUGCUGUGUGCCGUUGGAGGGGUUCAGUGCCAGACAAUGACUGUGAAUAGGCAGAUGAAGCGGUACAAUGUCCCAUUUUUGACUUUUAUCAACAAGCUGGAUCGAAUGGGUUCAAGUCCAGAUAAAACUCUGCGACAGCUCAGAUCAAAGCUUAAUCAAAAUGCUGCUUUUGUCCAAAUCCCUAUGGGUCUGGAAGGAAAUUUCAGAGGCGUCAUUGAUCUAAUUGAAGAAAAAGCUAUAUACUUUGAGGGCAACUUUGGUGAGCAAGUUAGAUACGAUGAAAUUCCUCCUGAAUUCAGAGCACAGUCUGUUGACAGGCGUCAGGAGCUGAUUGAAUGUGUUGCAAAUACAGACGAACACCUUGGGGAGCUAUUUCUUGAGGAGAAGGUGCCAACGGUGGCUGACUUGAAGCUUGCCAUCAGAAGAACAACACUCAGUAGGACCUUUACACCUGUGCUGGUUGGAAGUGCUCUGAAGAACAAAGGUGUGCAGCCUUUGUUGGAUGCUGUUUUAGAAUACCUUCCAAACCCAUCGGAAGUGCAGAACUAUGCCCUUUUGAACCAGAAGAAUUCGGAGGAAAAGAAGAAGAUAUUGCUUGAUCCUGUUAGAGACGAUUCCAUGCCUUUUGUAGGCUUGGCAUUUAAACUUGAGGCUGGGCGGUUUGGACAGCUCACAUACAUUCGUGUUUACCAGGGGAUGCUAAGGAAAAGUGAAUCCAUCUACAACACCAGGACUGGGAAGAAGGUGCGGGUGCAGAGACUUGUCCGCUUGCAUGCAGAUACAAUGGAGGAUGUGAAUGAAGUUUAUGCAGGUGACAUCUGUGCAUUGUUUGGCAUUGAUUGUGCUAGCGGUGAUACCUUUCUAAAUACAUCUAGCAGUGACCUUUCCAUGGAAUCUAUUCAUAUCCCUGACCCUGUCAUUUCUAUAGCAAUGAAGCCAGCCAACAAGAAUGAUGUAGAUAAGUUUUCAAAAGGCAUUAAUCGCUUCAUAAGGGAAGAUCCCACAUUCCGAGUUCAUUUUGACACUGAGAGCAAAGAGACUAUUGUUUCAGGAAUGGGAGAACUUCAUCUGGAAAUCUAUGCUCAGCGAAUGGAAAGAGAAUAUGACUGUCCUUGUGUUAUGGGAAAGCCUAAAGUAGCAUUUAGAGAGAGCAUUCGUUCAGCUGUACCGUUUUGUUACACUCAUAAAAAGCAAACUGGUGGAGCAGGCCAGUAUGGCAAAGUAAUAGGAGUUCUAGAACCUCUGGACCCCGAGGAGUAUACCAAAGUGGAGUUUGAAGACAGAACAGUUGGAACAAACAUCCCAAAGCAGUUUGUGCCUUCUGUUGAAAAGGGGUUCCGUUCUGUCUGUGAAAAAGGUCCCUUGACAGGUCACAAGAUUUCUGGUGUACGGUUUGUCUUGGAGGAUGGUGCUAGUCACGCGGUGGACUCUAACGAAAUUGCAUUCAUCCGAGCUGGGGAAGGAGCUACGAAUCAAGCUUUGGAGAUGGCAAACAUGUGUGUUCUUGAGCCCAUUAUGGCUGUGGAAGUUGUAGCCCCUGUUGAAUUUCAAGGAGAGGUGAUUGCCGGAAUUGGCCGCCGCCAGGGCGUCAUCAUAGGGCAAGAUGGAGCAGAAGACUAUUUCACUCUUUACGCUGAGGUGUCUUUGAAUAACAUGUUUGGAUAUGCUACUGAAUUGAGGUCAGCCACAGAGGGAAGAGGUGAAUACACAAUGGAGUACACAAGAUAUGCCAUCUGUGCAAGCAGUACCCAGGAAGAAUUAAUUAACCAACACUUAGAAGCAACAGAACGAUUUAGUGGGAAGAAAGGCAAAGCGAAGAGUUGAUUCCUAUCCAUAAGAGCACCUUGUGAAGAUCUUCUGGCAAGCUUCUGCUGCUAUAAAGUUGUUUAAUCUGCAUAUUUUGAACUCAAGAAAAUUCAGAACAGAUGGUGAAAUUAUGUCCUGGAUCAAUAUUUUGACUUUUAUUAAGUCACUGAAAGACUGCUGCUGAAACAUUUACAAAUUCCAUUCAUUAAUAAUUUGCUGAGUUAUUGGCUUUAUUUGGCAAGAAUACUUGGCUUUGUUUUAGGUAGUAGAUAUUAAAAUAAUUACAACAAUAUUAAAAUUCUACUAUGUAUCAUCUUUCUUCCCUGCACCUGCUGGAAACUUUGUCUCCAUAUUCUUGCUUUACCACCCUGAAGCCUUCCGUUGCUGAAGUAAAUUAAUUU